AUGGAAAGGCUAUCUGAAAGUGAAAAGCAUAAAGUUCGAUUUAAAGUCGAACUUCAUCGAUCAGGAUCGCCAGGGAAUGGUGAGGAAAUUGAAGGAAAAUCUGGGGACAAAUCCGCGGAGGAUGAAUGCUUUGUUCACAUCGAUUCAUCAAGUAACUUGUCAUCUCUUGCCUCCAAAUGUUUACAACAGCUUUACGAACAGGGUAGAGUCGAAGGCCAAGAUAUACUUAAGGCUAGCAACGUCAAAGUUCUUAUUCAAGUGCGACCAACAUGGAAGCCCCUACCAUUGUCCAGUUUUGUUUACAAGCAAAGUGAGUCUGACCUGAGUUUGGAAACUGUUUUUGGUCCACUGUUGCAUGUUGAAGACAGCAACAUGGUUGUGCAUUUACACCUUUGCACUGACAAAAUAUGGACAGAUGAUAGUGUACGUGAAGUUGUGAAAAAACUCUUGCAAAAAUAUAGUCAGACCCAACUUGAGCGAAUGAACUGUCCUUUUUCACAAGGCAUGCUGUCCCAAAUAUCCAGAGACCAAUAUUACUGUAAAGUGACAGCUGAAAAAAUCCGUCUUUUUGGCAUAUGGCAUGAUGCCUUGAUGCACUCAAACACAAAAGAUAUGGGUGAAGAUGAUGAAAUUCCAUCAAGACAUGGUUCCUGCCUGGUACAACGAAGCAAGAAGAUUGUUUUUAGCCCUAAGAAAGAGUUGCCCAUUCUGAGAGCCUCGUUUGAAGCCCAGUCUCACCCAUCAACACAAAAAAUGUCUGAACUUGCUGAUGAGUUGAACAAGAAUGAGUUUCGUGCCACUCAUGGACGAGAGAAAGUAGAUAUUCGUCAUGUGAACAAUUGGUUUAAAAAUGAGCGGGCCCGUGUUAGAAAGUUGAAUCCAGAACAUUCACAAGUUGCUUACAGGACAGAGUAUAGUAAGCCGGAGUCUGGUACCGAGGACGAGGACGUCCAGUUAGCUAUAGAGAGCGAAGAAAACGGAAUAAAGAGAAGUCCAGUAUUUUAG